AUGGAAAUCGAUACAGAGAAGACCAUUGACGAGCACAUUGAGAACAGCACCGUCCUCAAGGAGGCGUCUCGGGUCCCGGAUUUCAAAUACACAAGAUCACCUCAGGAACGACGGUUGAUUUGGAAACAAGACCUUCUAAUUGUGUCUCUUCUUGCAGGAUGUUUCUUUUUUGCUUACUUGGACCGUACGCAAAUCGGCAACGCGAGGAUCAUGGGUCUUGAAGCCGGUUUGGGGAUCUCGAGUAGCCAGUAUUUCAACGUCUUAAUGAUGUUUUAUGUCGGUUAUAUGGUGUUCGAAUUACCCGCAGCCUUGAUUUUGCGAUACCUACCUCCGCCAGUGGUGUUUGGUUUCUCAGUAGUUCUAUUUGGUGUCAUCUCUUGCUCCGUUGCUGCUGUCCACUCCUACGGGGUUCUCAUGUUUCUUCGGGUCUUUCUUGGUCUGUUCGAGGCAGUCGUUCAAACGGGCAAUCUGUACCUAGCACAUUGGUAUUACCCUAAUGAGGUAGGAACGAGAUCUGCAUUUUUCUAUCUCCCAGCACCUAUCGCUGGCGCUGUUGGAGGCCUUAUCGCCUAUGGAGUACAGCGGAAUUUGGAAAAUAGCCACGGAAUCCCAGCAUGGCGGUGGUUAUUCAUCAUUGAAGGUGCUCCGACGAUAUUUUGGGGUCUGUUAGUUGUUGCCCUCUUACCGAAUUUCCCUGAGACCGUUGCAAAAAAGCGACACUGGCUAUUUCGACGACAUAAUGAACGGGAAAUGAUUUUGCAAAGAUGUAAAACAGCGAGAAAUGAACCAGGUUCGAAAGCAAAAUCUGUCCAGGUUUGGCUUGCUAUAAAAGACCCCAAAAGCUGGUUGCAGGCUCUAGUAGUUGGGGCAGUAUGUCUCAACGUCGCAGCCUUUGGGACAUUUUUGCCAACAUUCAUCCAACUUUUCGGAUUCUCUGCUUUAACGACACAAGUAUACACGAUCAUUCCUUACGCAUUCGGCGUCGUUACACUCCCCAUUGGCAACAUUCUUGCAGAUCGAUACGAUAAAAAGGGUGUACCCACCCUCAUAUGCCUCGGAGUAUGCCUCAUCGGGUAUAUUCUACUGCUGUCUAGUACAAACAAGGUUGUAUUGAUCGCUGGAUGUUGUUUUGUUUCCGCCGGGGCCUAUCCGGCCGUGAUCCUUUCGAGUGCCUGGGUUCUCAUUUCCAACGCUGGAUAUACCAAGCGAGCCACAGCAUGGGCUAUUGCUCAAAUCUUCAUCCAGUGUUACAGCAUCAUUAGUACACAGGUCUACACCGACCCACCCCGCUUCUUCAAGGGACACGGGACAUUGCUAGGGUUGAAUGCACUUGGUGUCGUUGCAGUUAUGAUCACCAUGUGGAUAUUCGAUCGCGAGAACAAACGGCGAGAUAUAGUGGCUGCUGAUUUUGCGGCUCGUGGAGAGAUCAAUCCAGAUAGCAAUAGGAGCUAUGAGGAUCUUUGUGACAAGCAUCCGGACUUUCGAUAUACCUUGUGA